AUGCGAAUUAUUUUACAAAGUUGUAUAUUGCUAUUAACUAUAGCAAGCAUAUCAGCUGACUGGUCUUGGGGAGGCGACGAUAGUAAAAAAACAGAGAAUGCCGACGAGAAAACUGUGUUGCUGCAAGGUGAAGAAAUUAGCCAGGCACAAGAAAAGAAUUUUAACGCCAAUGGAACCGUAUUAGAUGAUAUUGUAGAUGAAUUAGUCAGUAGUAAGCAAGGCAGAAGCUUAAGCGGCUUUGAUGACGUAUAUAGUGACCCGACAAUCAAAGAAGCGCUUGACUCUGGCGAUGAUUUGGAAGCAAGAAAUUUGAUCAAAGGACGUCUUUGUACGUUAGGACUUAUUCAGUGCGAAGAUGAAGACUCUGAAGAAAAGAGAACAUAUCUUUCACCGGAUGAAUUAAUUUAUGCGCAACCUGUUGAUAUCAAACCUAUUGGUAAACCAGUUGCUUCCAUAGCUGUACGUGGCCCACCGAGAGCUUACGGACCUCCUAAACCUAUGCUAUAUCCCCCUCGUCCACAAAAGCUACCACCUAAGAGACCAGGUUACGGAAAUCCCCGACCAGGAUUUUCAGAAAAGUAUGGUGUAGCUGGAAAUAAUUAUCAGUUUUCUCAAAGCAGUAGUGGAUAUAAUGGAUUUGAAGCCAAUUAUGUAACUAAACCUCCUAGUUAUGCUAAUAAUGAACCUUAUUCUUAUGAAAACUUAAAACCCACAUAUAAUAAACCACCUUCGGGUUCGCACAGCAAUAGCAAAACGGAAACAGUUGUACAACAACAUGUUCACCACCAUUACGUGCAUGGUGACGCCGAUAAAGAACCAAAAGUAAUAAUAAAACCAGUAGCUAUACCUGUAGGAUCAGUAGGCCAUUUGGCAUCUCAAUUACAUACACAACAAUCUUCAGAUAUUAUAACAUCAUCUGGUGGCGAAUUUAAUACUCUCAAUGGUGGAUUUAAGCCUAUGACUAGUGGAUUUUCUCAAAGCAUCAAGCCUGUCUAUGAAACAGAUACUAUAUAUGGAUCUCAAUAUGGCCAUAGUAGUUUUAACAAAGGAAGUGCCAAUAUACCGAAUCAAGGACUGCCAAACCAAUAUACCAACAAUGCUUUCGAAGAUCAGCGGUACGAAAACUCAUUAGGCACAUUUGCUUCUCAAAAUGGAGAGUUUUAUAAGAAGGAACUCCAUGUAGGAUCCAGCAAUAGCUUAUAUAAUCAAGGUCCAGCAAUAUUUGGGCAAAAUAGUAAUAAAUAUCAACAAAACUAUCAUGAAGCUAAAGCUCAAGGAUUUGACUGUGUAUGCGUCAAUUACGACCAAUGUCCAAGCCAAGAAAUUAUAGGACGUAGAGAUGACUUAUAUUUACCAAUCGAUCCUCGUAAUAAGGGUGGCGAAAUUUUAGCAUUAACUGAAGAACAACUAGAUGGCUUAAAUAAAACUACUAAUAUAGACACUAAUCAAAAUACUACAGAUACUAAAAAUAUUAGUAAAAGAGAUGUUAACGAAGUAAAAGAUAAAGAAGAAACAAAAGAAAUUGAACCGCGCCUCCUUGGGUUUACUGGAUACGGCGGAAAUGGCGGUAAUAACAACAAACAAGUGCAGCCCACGUUUGGUGUCUCUUUUGGGUUGCCCCAGCCUUCAAAUGGAUAUCCGAUUAAUCCCUACAAUUCCAAUCCUAUAAACAAUCCUUAUGGCCCGGCUUUAAACGGAGGUGGUCUCAAUUUAGGACUAGUCUCUGUUAAUCCAUUAUUAGCUGUACAAAUUACAAAAAACGAUUAUGGCGAAAAAAUUAUAAAGCCAUUUGUUAAUUUACAUGUGACUCCAAAUGAGCAUGUUGUCAAUAAACUAGGACAUUUAUUUCAUGAAAAAAAGCAAUAUCUUUUGAACAAACACGAGCAUUAUCACCAUUAUAAUCCCAAUUUUUAUAACAAUUAUCCUCAAAGACCAUAUCCCCAUUCUCCUAUAGGCUAUCCCCUUAUCGGCCAUCCUCCAAUCGGCCAUCCUCCUAUCAGCCAUCCUACUAUCGGCCAUCCCCCAGUUGUUAAUCAUCCCGCUAUAGAUCACCAAGAGCAUUAUGGAAUAUACAGACCACCUAUUUACUCACCACAUUACCCCCAUUAUCAAAAUAGUCACUUUCGUAUAAAUUCUCACAAUGUUCAUGAAACAACAGUAGGCAAUGAAGAUUAUUAUGAUGAUGACGAUAACAACUAUGCUGAUUCUCUUCAACAUAAUCCACACUACAAUUAUGAUCUUGAAAGAUCUGCAAAUGCUAGUUUAAAUAGUAAGGGCCUUGCCUAUGCUAACCGAUUUGCAUAUUCACGUUCCCUUACCGUUCCUUCUAAUACUGGGGCCGACCGGGGAGGCCAAGCAAUUCGAUUUCCUGAAAACAGAAAAAAAAGAGAAGUUCCCUUAGAAAUGUCCAAAAGUGAAAACAUUGAAGAGCGUCAAGGCUACUUCGGACAUCAACAGAAUAUUCCACAAUGCCAACAACAUCAAGUUUGCUGUCGAAAACCACUUCAACCGCAAGCUUCUAAUCGAGGCCAGUGUGGAAUAAGACAUUCCCAGGGUGUUAAUGGCAGAAUCAAGACUCCUUCUUAUAUAGAUGGAGAUAGUGAAUUCGGUGAAUAUCCAUGGCAAGCAGCGAUAUUAAAGAAAGAUCCUAAAGAGUCAGUUUACGUAUGUGGAGGAACACUUAUCGAUGGUCUUCAUAUUAUGACUGCAGCUCAUUGCAUUAAAUCAUACAAAGGCUUUGAGCUGCGAGUAAGAUUAGGCGAAUGGGAUGUCAACCACGAUGUCGAAUUCUACCCUUACAUUGAAAGAGAUGUCAUCUCCGUACACGUGCAUCCACAAUAUUACGCUGGAACUUUAGACAAUGACCUCGCUAUCUUAAAACUAGAUUAUCCUGUAGAAUGGACCAAAUAUCCUCAUAUUAGCCCUGCUUGUCUUCCCGACAAAUACACUGAGUAUGCUGGACAAAGAUGCUGGACAACUGGUUGGGGUAAAGAUGCUUUUGGAACUAACGGAAAAUACCAAAAUAUCUUGAAAGAGGUCGACGUACCAAUACUACCGCACGGACAAUGUCAACAACAACUAAGACACACAAGAUUAGGUUACAAUUACGAACUAAACCCUGGAUUUAUUUGCGCUGGCGGAGAAGAAGGCAAAGACGCUUGUAAGGGUGAUGGCGGUGGCCCUUUGGUUUGUGAGCGUGGUGGCACAUGGCAGUUAGUCGGUGUCGUAUCAUGGGGCAUCGGUUGUGGACAACCCGGAGUUCCCGGAGUCUACGUUAAAGUUGCUCACUAUCUAGACUGGAUCUCACAAAUUACUGGAAAAUUCUCCCAUUAC